AUGGAUUGUGUAGUAACAAUAACAAUUGAUAAUGAUAUCAUUGGUGAUCCGGAUAUCGAAUGUCUUGAUGAAGAAAUUCGUAUUUUUAUUAAAACACGAAAAAUUUUCAACGGUCGAAUUUAUGCAAAAGGAAAAGCAGAUAAUGCAGCAUGCGCAAAGGAUAAUUUUGCUCAAGAAAGAACCAAAAAGCCACAUAUGUUUUUAAAAUUUGGAACAUGUGGUAUGAAAAGUUUACGAUCUAUUGAUCCUCGAGGAAUGUAUUAUGGAAUUACCAUAGUCGUUUCAUUUCAUACGCUAUUUAUCACAAAAGUUGAUCAAGCAUUUCAUGUCAAAUGUUUUUUCGAAGAAGCUAGCCAUGGACUUACUGCUAAAUUUGGUGUUAGCAUGAUAGCAACGACAGAAGUGGAAGCACGUCAUCCUAUUCCAGGUUGCUCAUAUAGCAUCCAUGCAAGUAGUAUUGAUGAUCUUGAAGCUGGAAAACCUGCUGGUCCUAUAAUUAUAUAUGCUCGAGUUGGUGAUCGAGUCCUUCAUCAAUGGCAUUGUGAUGAUCAAAUGUAUGGUAUACUUAUUAAUAAUUGUUAUGUUACGGAUGGAUUUGGUAAACGUACCGAAGUUAUUGAUUCAAAUGGGUGUUCAAUUGAUCCAAUUCUCAUUAGCGGUAUUCGAUAUUCAGCGGAUUUGCAACGAGCUUAUGGAGAAAGUAUGGUAUUUAAAUUUGCUGAUCGACCAGGCGUUUGGUUUUUUUGUGAAAUUCAAAUGUGUAUGAAAAAGGAAGGAAUGUGUCGAGGAAUUACGCCACCAUCUUGUGCAUUACAAACUGGAAAUAUCAUAUAUGAUGGUAGGGAAGAGGAAGAGGAAAAAGAGGUGCAAAAAGUUUCCGGAAGAAUAAAACCGUUAUCAUCAGCAUCUGCGAAAUCGGUGAAGAAAGAACAAAGAGAAAAAAUAGAAAAUUCGGAAGAAGAUGAAUUAGGAUCUAACGAUGGAUCAGUGGAUGAAUAUUUCGAAGAGCAUUCUAGAUUUAAUUCGAAUAAUGCGAUUGAAAAUGAAGAAAGUGAUGGAAUUUAUGAUGAAUUAGAAAUUACCGCAACAACGCAAAGUAGUCGAAGUGAUGGACAUUUAAGAAUAAUUGCAAAACAAAAAACAUCAACAACAACAACACCUACUAAAACAUUAGUAACGACCGUUUUCGAAACUACUGAUGAUUACAGUGUUGAAAGCAAAAGCGAUGAUAAAAAAAUUGGAAAACCGGCUGCCGAAAGUAAUGUUUGUAAUUAA